AUGAAAUUAUUUGAAAUUUUUAAUCUUUACGAACAAUAAAUAAAUAAAUCCUUAAAAAAGAAAAUUUAAAUUUCAGAAGAAGAAAAAAAUAAUACUGGAAAAAAUAAAAUAAAAAAAAUAGUUUAUUCAAAUAAAAUGGUGCAACAAACAGAAAAAGCAAAAAGUCUUUGUGAAUACAAUACAAUACAAUCACAAUAAAUAUAAUUUUUAGAUAUUUAUAAUCCUUAUAGGAUAGACUUUAACUAAAUUAGGAUGAAGAAGAUGAAUGAAUGA